AUGUUUGUGCUAGUUGAGACGGUGUAUUUUAUUCUCUUGCCAAUAGUAACAGUUGCUUCUCACAUGUUCAUGAACAACCUGACAAGACACGGACACAUACCCCAAGGAAUAUCAAAGAAUAACUAUCAGUAUUUUUACGCAUACGGCCUGAUUCUAUCAUUGCUACUACCGAUGAAGAACAUCUAUCCACUUCAUCUUGGACGUAGGCUUGCAGAAACCAAGGUUUUCAAAUACUCUAAUAGAAGCAAAAUGAGUAUCCUGCACUUUAUUCACGGGCUGUUGUAUUACACAUUCGUUUGUGCACAUCUUAGGAACAAGAGAAUUGGAAACGUAUAUGUGUUUCUAUUUCUCAAUAUCCUUCAGCUGGUUUCCCACUACUAUGUCUUUGUCCGAAAGACGUUUGUGUACACCCAUUACAUUGUUGAGGUGAUGAUAUACGGAUUUAUUUGUUGGGAAGUUAGAACAAUACAAAUGCUCUUCAAUUUGCUGUAUGUAUUGUCUUUUGUAUUUUCGACAAUUAUGAACAGAAGGACUUGCAGAAGUAAGAUAUUUUCCAAAUAA